AUGGUCAAACUCACCAAGAAGGUUGGCAUUGUUGGUAAAUAUGGGACCUGUAAUGGUGCCACUUUCCAGAAGAUGGUGAAAAAAAUUGAAGUCAGCCAGCACGCCAAGAACACCUGCUCUUUCUGUGGCAAGACCACAAUGAAGAGGGGAGCUGUGGGCAUCUGGCACUGUGGCUUCUGCAUGAAAACAGUGCCUGGUGGUGCCUGGACCUACAACUCCACUUCUGCCAUCAAAGUAAAGUCUGCCAUUAGAAGACUGAAGGAAUUAAAAGACUGGUAG